GCAUUGGGAUUGCGUUCCGGUUAGGAGCGGCGAGCCGUGCGUCGUGUCGGCCGCGUAGCCGCUCUGUCUGGAGGAAGAGCGCGCCAGCAACUUGCUACUACUGAGGGCUCGCGCUGCGAGAGGAGCUGGGAAGCGGAGGCGGAGGACUUCACGGCAGUGGGGCAAGUUCGCCUUCUGGAGUGGAACUGUUGACCUUGCGCACCGGGAAACAGCAGUAGUUCGGGAAGCGCCGGGAGGCGGCGGAAAGAACCCUUGCAGCUGUUGCUGAACAGGACUGGGCUGGCCGCUCUCUGCAAAGAGGAUUUGCUUUGCUCUUUCUGUCCCGAUUUAUGGGAGUGGAGACUGGGCCAGGGAGGACUUGCUGCAAUGAUCCAAACAAUCUAAUCCUCAGUUCUUUUCGUGAUGGAGCUGAAGGUCUGGGUGGAUGGUAUCCAGCGGGUUGUCUGUGGCGUCUCUGAUCAGACCACAUGCCAGGAAAUUGUCAUAGCAUUGGCACGUGCCAUUGGUCAGACAGGUCGUUAUGUUCUCAUCCAAAGACUACGUGAGAAAGAAAGGCAGCUUCUCCCUCAUGAGUGCCCCAUAGAGUCUCUGGCCAAGUGUGGACAAUAUGCCAAUGAUGUGCAGUUCAUACUGCAGCGCACAGGCCCCAGCCUCACAGAGAGGCCUUCGUCAGAUAGUGCGCCUCAGAUACCCGAGAGGACGUUUGUCAGGGCUAGCCUGCCUAUCAAGCCUCGGCCAGCCAGCACAGAAAUGGCCAGGCCUAGGCAGCCCAAAAAAUCCUUAACCUUCAACUUGGGUCCUAUGAGCUCUAGUGAUUUGCUUGCAAAGAACAAGCUGAGGCAGCACAAAAAGGACCCAGUGAGCUUGAAGGAUGGAGCCAAUGGGGGCCUUCUGUCCAAAGAGGAGCUGUUCAAGACUGUAUUGCACCAACAGGAGCAUCUCUAUUCCCUAGAGAGAAAGGACGAUGACUUGGAAAUGGAUCUGAGGCACUGGGAAUAUAGCAGGAACUCCAGCCCAGAGCAGGAGAUUCUAUGUCUGGAGCAGCUGAUUCGGCAAAAUGAGAGUGAGCUGAAUGAGGAAGAGUACUGGCAGAGUGAGCUACACUCAGAAAAAGAAUGUGAAAGGGAGCGGCAGGAGAGAGUGCGCAGUCUGCAGGCCACCAUGGAGGAAUACACACAAAAAAUUCAUGAGCUUACACUCAAAACGGAGGCCUUGGAGAAAGAAAUCCAAUGGGAAAUUGCUGAGAGGACCAAGAGGGUCAAGGACGCUCAUACUCAGAGCCCUGCUGAACUAGAGGAGAUGGCAGCCAAAAUGAAAAGGGACCUGGACACCAAGGUCAAGCAGAGUGCCCAGCUGGGGAAUAGUCUGGAGACUGUGGGGAAGGCAUUGGAGGAAGCAGAGCGAAGCCUUCAGACCCAGAACCAAGAACUGGAGGAACUGAAUAAGGAGCUGAGACAGUGUAACUUGCAGCAGUUCAUCCAGCAGACAGGAGCCAUGGUGACUGUUCCACAGCCCAGAUCAGAGGCGGAACCCCAGCUGAAUCAAACCAGCCAUGAGCUGCUGGCUCACCAGAGAAAUGGAGAUCUAUCCGAUCCCUGCACAGAUUCACCUCCCAGAGCUACAGCCAAGCAGUUCCUCGGCAAUCCACGGAACCUUCAGAACCCCCUGGUGUCCAGCUUAAACCCUGAGGUCAUAUCAACAAGGCAGAGCAUCUGGAGGUAGAAAGGCCAGCCAAGGAGGACUGAUUGCCUUGCGAGUGUAACUAUAUAGAAAUAAAAGCCCUAUUUCAUGUAUGUAUUUUGACUUUUUAUUAUGAAUGCAUGUAGAUGGUUGUGCAAAAUAUUUUACAGACUUUUUUUUUUUAAGAAGAGAGCUUAACACAUUUGAAGUAAACAGACUGGCUGUAUUUUUUUAUGUGCUUUCUUAUAAUUUAAAAUGAAGAUACUGUUUUUGGCUUUUCUGAAAAUGUAUAUAGCCUUUCUAUUUUACAAGUUCUUCAAGUAACAACACUUAGGACUACAUAGCAACUAACCCGGAAGGGCGUGAACCCUGCUGGGAAUGAACCUUCCAAAGAAUUAUAGUAGCAAGUCCUCUGUGUCCAUUCUGAAGGUUACACAGCUUACUACUGCCGUACAAUGAAGGGGUAUAUUGUCAGCCAGGCGUCUGUGCUGGACUGCAUCAAUGCACUAUGGUGCUUCAUUAUAUAUACUUGUUGAACAGCAAUUUUUAUCAUAUAUGUUUGAGAUUUUAUGGAAAUACACAGAUUUUUUUCUGUUGGAAUGGGAAAAAUGGACCGUUUCUCAUUCUUGAUAAGCUUACAAACACAAAUGUCACUCGGGGAGAGUCAAGCAUUCAUGGCCAUCAUCAAUAGGUCCCACUCAUGCUGUUGCUGAGUUUCUUUCAUGAAGGAUCCUUCAGACCUGGUAAAAUGAGAUUCAGGUGCUAGCACUCUCUUGCCACUUGUGCCUCGUGCCAAGUCUUAUCUAGUUUGCAUUAAGAGAAUUAAGUAACUUUGCCACACACAUGUGUGUAUGUAUAUAUGUGUGUGAUUGAAUUCUAGUGAGUGUUUUUUCUUUGAAAAAACAGCCUGUAAAAGUGAAACGUCCCAAGGAGAUGAAUGACAGUCUUCAACUUGUGCCAGUGUGGGUUGGCAAGAAAAGGGCUGUUCUCACUUGUAGAUUGGUUGGUGUCUCUUCCUCUUUUGUGAAGUAACUUCUAAAUAUGAGUUAGUAACUUUUUGUGGAGUAACUAGAGCUUUAUAAUAUUAAAUAGCCUAUCUAGAAUGGUCUAUAAUUGCCCAGGGCAGGGAGGGGGCUCACAAACAUGACAGAGUAAAGUGUAUGGUUUAAAGCAGUAGGUGUCUGAUACAAAUGAUAAUUCUAAGCAUCCACCCCUUUCUAGCUGGCCCAUCUCGGAGUCCCAUGCCCCACAUUUAAAAAAAAUACCCCACCCUAUUGCAGUGGGACUUACCAGCUAGAUGUAGCGGGUCUGGGAUGAGAAGAAGGAACUGAAAGCAGAAGUGGAAGUAAGAAGUAUCUCUUUCCCUCCCCAUUCACAACAGUUGUUUUGCUUCGGGGUUGCAUUAUUCAAGGCUGUCUAUGCUGCUGUUGAUGAGUGACAAAAGGGAAGAAUACUGUGAGACAGAGCAAAUCUGUGUAUGUAUGUGUAUGCUUGGGUGGGUUUACUUUGUAAGUUUUAAAACUCUGAAGGUGAUUAUCAGAGGGGAAAAAAGCUCUCCACCCUUACCUGCAAGUGCUUUUAGUCAAUAGCUUCUUCUUCCUACUGGCUCUAGUGCUUCAUGUUUCUUUUGUAAUAGACUAGCCAGCUUUAAGGCCAAACCUUCCAGUGAAGCUGAAUGUUCUUUUUCCAAUUCAAAUAAACUUCAUAAUGGAUAUGCCAUUUGCUGAUGCAAUUUAAUUAUUAUAAAAGGCUUGGAUCCUAUGAAACCACCGUUCCCCUUGUGCUUCUCUCUGGUAACUCGUGAGACUUUCCUCCACUGCACUGCUCUCUUUCUCUACUGCCAGUACUUCCAAUUGCCUAAAGGUUCCUUGAAAAACUUUGAUCCUUUGAGUGCUAGAAACAGUGCUAGAAACAGUGGAAUUCAGGAGCACAGAAGACAAAAGCUACUGCAGUGGCCAAAGAUAAGAGUGAGGGGAACGAUGUCAUAGGAUCCAAGCUGCUAAGCAGUUAUUAAAUAAAGGACUUUCAGUGAGCCAGGUUACUUUCAGUGCAUUCAACUCAGAUGCCUGUAGUGGUACUAUUCUUGGUGAAACCUCAUUGUUAGAGCAAUAGCUUAUUCUGCAUCUUGGCAACUCACACUGCUGCUGAUUACUUAACUGCCUAUGGAAAGUGUCGAAUGGAGCUGCUCCAUUGGUUCCACACCAUUCAUGAGGACAGUCAUGCUUCCAGGAAGGUAAAGAGGUGAAGUUGGACACACAUUCUGUACAUAUUGUUACAUAUUCUGCAUAUUAGACAACACCCCAGAACUAUUUACUACUGUUCUGGGUAGUAUUAGAAUCCUGAAGACAACCUGCUUCUUGCCAGGCAGUAGGACAAACCAGGUGGUCUUCCUUUUUAAAUCUCAGACAUAGGUGAAAUUCUUCUUUUUCAGCAAGCACCACAUUCAGAAAUCUUCUGUUCUCUUAUAAGUUCAAACUUAAAAUGAAAAGUUAGUCAUACCUGAAGUUGAGUGGUUAUAUCUUUCAACAAAAGAGAAGACCUGACUUUUUUUUACAAACUACCUAGAAAUGUUCCAGCUUUUCCCCCUGUCUUUAAUCCUUGUAUUUUUAACACUUGCUCACUUUAUCAGGUCUGAUCAGAACUCCAAACAUGUCCAAUUAGGGUGAGAGGAAUUACAGCCAGAAAAUGAUUCUAAUGCAUUUGGCAGGUGGUGUGUUACUACCAGCUUUUAAGCUGCAAAUUCAGUCUGCUUGUGAAAUAUUAAGCAGCAUGUUCUACUUCUUUUAUGACAGCAGCACAGAACUGCCUAGACUCCAAUGAAGAUGAAUGAGACCAAGUAGAAUCCCUGAUACUUUUGCAAUUUAUAGCAGCGGCAUGCUAAUACAUGGAAUGAAAUAGCAGUUACUGGUAAUAGUUCAGGCUGAAUCAUUCAUUUGGCCAGUAAAGGUGAUUUUUGUGUUUACAUUGUUCAGAGCUUAUGUAUGUUCUUAUUGUGAAGCCAAGAACGGCAAGCCUAGACGUGGAAGGGCUUGAAUGUAUGCUUGCUGAGAGAUCAUGAAUGGUUCUAGAAGGCCUGACCUUGUUGGUAAAAUGCCGUUUUUGUGUAUCAUGUAUAUGAAAUUGGACACCUGUUUAUAUUGUUCCUUGGUUAGAAAAACAUGUUCCAUGUGUGAAUGCACAUCCCAUGCACUAAUGGCAUUAUCUGGUUUCAAACUGUAAUAAAAUUCCAAAAAGUAA